ACUGCGGCCGAUUAACACCAUCCUGCACGUUUUUACGGACCGGAGCACCGAGGUCCAGCGCGGUCACAGAGUACGCGCAAACUAUACACACACACACACACACACGUUCGUGGAGCCGUCAGGCAGCAGCUCUACGAAUUGCCGCCAUGGUGGGCCUUCGUAGCGGCGAUUAACCCAGUUCGCUGGUCGGGUCUGAAGCCACGGCGGGUACAGGUGUCAAAGAGGUCAGACUGAUUGCACUGAAAUCUCCACCCUCCUACCCCACCCCUCUCCCUCCUUAUUCUCCUCUUCCAUGUCCUCCGUCCUAUCCUGACCCCCACCGCUGCUCCUCGGUGGAAUUUACCCCACUCCCAGCCUUUCCGCGGUCCAACUUUGCUUCCAGGGCGGUGGGAGUGAACGGCGCGUCAAAAGCGAUCGUCGCGGCGAGCCAAGGCUGACCGUUACUUCCUGCGGCUCGGAGUGGCGACUGCGAAAAUGGCUUCCGCGGCCAAGGCCGACACUCUCACCGAGGCUUUGAAGUGUUCCAUCUGCCAUGAUCUGUUUGCUGACCCGGUUUCCCUCGAGUGUGGGCACAACUUCUGCCACACGUGCGUCACCGAGUCCUGGCGGAACAAGGAGAUAAAAUCCUGCCCGGAGUGCGGAGAGGUGUUCCGGGAGAGGAACCUCAGGAUCAACCGGGCCUUGGCGAUCCUAGCCCAGAAAGCUCGAAAAUCCAACCCGGGCUCGAAAAGGGCCAAAAGCAGACUGUGUAAGCAACAUCGGGGAGAUGUAAUGCUCUUCUGUGACAAUGACAGCGAGUUAAUCUGUCUGAAAUGUGUAGCAGCGCCCGAACAUGGAGACCACCGUUUCAUGUCCAUUAAUGAAGCUGUUGAAACUUACAAGGACCAGAUGAAAUCAUCCUUUGAGACCCUCACAGUGAAGCAAACAGGGAUUCUUGAAAUGGAGUGGCAGCAGAGACUGAAGAUUUCCCGAAUUAAGGAACAGUCCCUCAAACUGCAGAGCAACAUCAAAAACGAGUACGCAAAAAUGCACCAAAUUCUCAGCGAGAAAGAGCAGCGUUUAAUCAGGGAGCUCAAGAAACAAGAGGAGAACAUUCUGGAAAUGAUGGGACUGAAUCUUCAAGAAAUCCAAGACUACUUAAGUACCGUUGAUGUGAAAAUAUCAAAGUUAAACCAAAGGAUGUAUGUGAGAGACAGUGUGGCACUUCUGAAGGACGAAGCUCUGCAUAAGACAAGGACGGCUGAGGAAGAGAACCAACCAGCACUGGUGGAAGUUGGCCUGGCUAUUGAAAAAUUCAACGGCCCCAUACAGUACGUCACAUGGAAAGAAAUGAUUGAUUCCUUGAAUCCCGCUCCAGCCCCGUUGACUCUGGACCCGAGGACUGCCAACCCUUGGCUCAUUGUGUCCAAGGACCGGACCAGCGUCUGGUGCGGAAAGAGGCGGCAGGAGCUCCCGGACACCCCGACCAGGUUCGACCGCAGAGCUUACGUCCUGGGGUCGGAGGGAUUCACCUCGGGGAAGCACUACUGGGAGGUGGAGGUGGGCGACAAGAUCUGGUGGGGUGUGGGGGUUGUCAAGGAGUCAGCCAGUCGGAAGGGCAGCGGCGAGCUGAGGCCUGAGACCGGAUUCUUCACCGUGUGCUGUCUGCCUGGGAAAGGCUACGUGGAAUUCUCCUCCCCCUCGCGCGGCUCCCUCACUCCCAGCACAAACCCCAGGAACAUCGGCGUGUUCCUCGACUAUGAAGCCGGGCAGGUGUCAUUUUACAACGCUGACAACAUGUCCCAUCUCCACACCUACACCCACACUUUCGUCGAGACGGUCUUCCCCAUCUUUAGUCCAGGCCGGAACGACGCUGGGGAUAACUCAGCUCCAUUGAGAAUCCGCAGGGUGAAAUCCCACAGGAAGAGGUCGAUUGCAAACAUGGCGGUUAGGACGGACUGCUUCGCCGAUGAGUUAAGCUGCCCCGUCUGCCUGGACUUCUUCAACAAUCCAGUGACACUGGAGUGCGGGCACAACUUCUGCCGCUCCUGUAUCACAGAGUGUUGGGAAACAGACAACAGAAACUCCUGCCCCGAAUGUAGAGAGGAGUUCCAAGACCGAAAGUUCCGGGUGAACUGGGCCUUGGCAAAUCUGGCCCAGAAGGCGAAAAUGUUGAAGCGGGAUCCGCAAGAGCAGGGAAGUGUUUUUGUUUGCCAGGAACAUAACGAAAAACUGAAGCUGUUCUGUGGAACGGACAAGAAGCUGAUCUGCUUGAUCUGUCGAGAUGCGCGGGAACACAGAGACCACCGAUUCAUGCCGAUUAAAGAAGCUGUUGAAAUCUACAUGGAUCGGAUUAAAUCUUCUUUCAAAAACCUGACGGAGGAGCAAGUGUCGGCUGUGAAAAUGGAACAGACGCAGAAGCGGCAGAUUUCUGGAGUGAGGGAACAGUCGUGCGUUCUGCAGUCCCAGGUCUCAUCCGAGUUCGCCAAAAUGCACCAGAGCCUGAGGAAGAAAGAGGAUCGUUUGACGGGAGAUCUCAAGGGACAGGAGCAGAGGAUUGUGGGCGCAAUGGAGAAAAACCUCCAGCAGAUCCAACAGUAUUUAAACUCCAUUCAGGGGGAGCUCUCGACGCUGGAGAAGAAGAUGAAGGAAACCGACGGAGUGAAGUUUCUGAGGGAUGAAAUCAGAGAGAAUAGAAGAGUUAUUUCUGGGAGUGUUACACUGUCAUUGGUAGACACUGCAUUGUCUAGUGAAAAGCUGGGUGGUCCUUUCCAAUACAAAAUUUGGAGAGAGCUAAUCGAUGCUGUUGAACCAGCUCCUGCCUCCCUAACUCUGGAUCCAGAUACAGCCCAUUUCAAUCUUAUAUUGUCCGAGGACCGGACCAGCGUGAGGCUUGGAGACCAACGCAAGGAGCUCCCCGAUACUCCCAGGAGGUUUGAUUUCAGGGCUUGUGUCCUGGGAUCUAAUGGUUUCACUUCAGGGAAGCACUACUGGGAGGUGGACGUGGCGACUAAGACCUCAUGGGAGUUAGGUGUGGCCCUGGAGUCAGCCCAGAGGAAAGGGCGAAUCAACAUGAAACCGGAGAUGGGAUAUUACGCCAUUUGCCUUGUAUGUGAAAAUUCUUAUGUUGCCCUCAGCUCCCCAAGGACCACCCUCACCCCCGGUGUGAGACCCAGUAAAAUCGGAGUGUACCUGGACCACAAGGUUGGGCAGGUGUCAUUUUACAAUGCAGAUAGUAUGAGCCUUCUCCAUACCUUCACCCACACUUUGAGGGGCAGGGUCUUCCCCUUUUUCAACCCAGGAUUGAAUAACGAUGGGAAAAACUCAGCACCCUUGAUAAUCCGCGGGGUUCAGUAACACUAACAGACCCAUGUUGCCCACCCGAUGGCCAGAGGAGUGGCAGUCACACAUCACCUCAGGUCAGAAUCAGAUCAGGUUUCUUGUCACUGCCAUCAGUCGUGGAAUAUGUUGUUUUCUUGGCAGCGGUACGGUGCAGGCAUGACAAAUUACUGUAAGUUACCAUAAAGUUAUAAAUCGUGAGAUUGUGUUCAUCGACUGGUCAGUUCUUUGCUCAGGCUGGCUUUGACUGCAGGGUUGUUGUUGUGACACCAUUCGAGCAGCCUAUCUAUUUCGCUGCUGUACGCCUCCUCAUCACCGGGUCAAGUUGGACGCCACUGGAGUCACACAGAGUCAGAGAAAAGUACAGCACAGAAACAGACCGUCGGAACCGUAUAAACUGCCGACUCCCAUCGAUCAUUAAUUACCCAGGACAUUCCCUCUUCUCAUUGCUACCAUCAGGGAAGAGGUAUAGGAGUUUGAAAUCACUCACUCAAUAAUUCAGGAACACCUUCUUCCCCUUCCUCAUCAAAUUUCUGAAUGGACAUUGAGUCCAUGAACACGACCUCACUACUUUUUUCUCCCCCUUUUUGCAUUACUGAUGCCCUGGAUGCCGGAGAGGUUAGUGCCCACGAUAGAGCUCGCUGAGUUUACAACUUCCUGCAGAUUAUUUCAAUCCUGUGGAGUAGCUCUCCCCUACCCACCCCCAACACCAGAGAAGUUAACAACCAGGAACAGGAACCUGCUCACCCUUUCCCUCUGAUAAGAGCCUGGAAGGUCAAAGCUGGGUUCAUUGUCACAUGCACCAAUACAUGCGUGCAGUGUUUGCAAUGGAGAUCAUUCUUGUUACAGCAUCGCAGGCACAUCAGAUAAGUGGCAAUCGCAAGAAAAACGUAAACAUAAAUUAUAAGGAUUUUUAUAAGAAGUCAAUUUUAGUGCAAAGGGGUCCUAGUGUCACUACCCUGAGGCAGUCAUUAGGGUUGUACAAUUUGGUUCAAGAAUAUAAUGGUUGAAGGGAGGUACCUUUUCUUGAACCUGGUGGUGUGGGACUUCAGGUUUCUGUACCUCCUGCUGACGGUAGCUGCAAGAAGAUGGCUUGGCCCAGAUGUUUGGGAUCUUUUAUGGUGGAUGUUGCCGCCUUGAGUUUGUGCCUCCCGUGUAGACACUUACGAUGAUGGGGAGGGAUGUGCCCAUGAUGGAUAGGACUGAGUGACCACUUUCCGUUGCUCUUUUGUGUUCUCGUGCGUUCGAAUUGCCAUAUCAGACCAUAACACAACCCGCCAGGAUACUUUCAACGGUGUAUCUGUAACCCUAAUGCAUGGCAGAGUUUGUGGUAGCAAAUCAAACUUACUUAGCUUCCUGAAAAUUAAAGAUGUUGGAGCACAAUCCUUAUGAUUGUACCCAUGUGCUGGGCCCAAGACAGGUCAUCUGAUUUAUUUACGUCCAGGAAUUUAAAGUUGCUGAAUCUCCCCACCACUAGUUCCCUCCCCCCAUGUAGAAUGUGCAUGUUCACCCUCUCCCACCUUAAGUGAAAUUGCUGCCAGGGGAACUGGUGGAAGCAGAUAUGAUAGCAACACUUAACAGGCAUUUAGACACCCAUAUGAAAGGACAGGGAAUAGAGGGAUUGUAUUGGAGGGGUUGUGACUGUCACGUGACAGCACUGCCCAUUUGCCUGGUCGAGAGGCACGCCACCUACCAAUCAAUGUUUGACCCCCCUCCUCGCCCAUCAAUGCACAACUAACCAUUGGCCCCUUUACUUCACCUUGUACUUGGCCUCGUCAAUUGGCCUUUGUAAUCAGCUUAACUCGGCUGGCACCGAGCCAUUGCCUCCCCCGUGAAAUACCUGGGUAGGACCCUCCGGCCCUGCUGCACUACAAAGGGUGCCACGUGUGCUGGACCUUUUCUCUUUGCCAUGGGAGGGAUCACCUUGCUUCACUCCAGGCUGAGAACCGUGGAACAGCGCUGGAGAAAUUAUUGGUGAGUUCUGCAGUGAAUAGGGUUGGGAGCGUUGGUUAUUGUCCCUAAGAGCAGAGCGCCAUGCCUGCACAGAGUCAAGGGGGGGGGGGGGCAGGUAUCGUACUGACUUUUCCCUUGGUUGUAUGUGUGUGUGCGUGUACUUGUUCCCAGGCGAUUUUGCCACGUUUGUUAUUGAUUGUCCGCGUGUGUUUUAUUGCCGAUCCGACUACUGUAAGUUGUGCGCGUGUGCGUGUUGCUAUUUUCCCACGUUUGCCUUCUGUAAAUAAAAUCCUUUACUACUAAGACUGUGUGUCUAGAGUCCUCGCCUUUGAGACCUACCGAAUCUGUUUCCUCCUUUACAACAGGGAUUUAGAUCCCAUUCAGACAGGUGUGUAGGUUAAAUUGGCAUCAUGUCCAAUUAUAGACAUUGUGGAUGGAAGGAUCUGUUCUGUGGUCUCGGACUUUUUAUUACAGCGAGUGGUUGGGGUCUGGAAAACACUGUCAGUGGUGCCAGUGAAGGCAGAUUCAAUUGUGUUCAUAACAGAACUGGAUAUGUGUCUGAGAGGGAAUAAUUUACAAAACUUUGCAGAGGGAGACUAACUGGACUGUUGUUACGCAGAGCUACUAUAGAAUAAAUGGGGUAAACACCCUCCUACUAUCCCAUAGCUUUUCUGUAAAUAAAACAAAUAGGGAGAGUGCAGUCAGUGAGCUGGGACCAUUUUGGGGGAUGGUCCACAACAGCAGCUGUUAGUAAAAUCAUCGCCCUCGCUUUAUUUUCAAUUUGUCUGCUGGAUAAACUAUUCCUGCUGGUGAAUUAGAGAAUAAAUCAAUGCUCAAUGGCCUCUUUAUUAGAUACUGGAGUGGAACCCAGUGUGCUCUUUUGCUGCUGUAAUCCAUCCACAUCAAGGUUCAAUGUGCUGUGCAUGCAGAGAUAAUCUGCAAACCACACGUGGUUAUCUGAGUUACUGUCGCCUUCCUGUCAGCUUGAACCAGUCUGGCCCUUCUCCUUUAACCUCUCUGAUCAACAAGGUAUUUUCACCCACAGAAUUGCUGCUCACUGGAUUUUUUUGUAAACGACAGGAAUUCUGCAGAUGCUGUAAAUUUAAGCAACACACAUCAAAGUUGCUGGUGAACGCAGCAGGCCAGGCAGCAUCUCUAGGAAGAGGUAUGGUCGACGUUUCACACCAUUCUCUGUAAAUCCUAGAGACUGUUGUGCAUGAAAAUCCCAGGCGAUCAGCAGUUUCUGAGAUACUCACACCACCCCGUUUGGCACCAACAAUCAUUCAACAGUCAAAAGACACUUGGAUCACAUUUCUUCCCCAUCUGGUGUUUGGUCUGAACAACAACUGAGCCUCUUGACCAUUUCUGUAUGCUUUUAUGCAUUGACUUGUAGCCACAUGAUUGGCUGAUUAGAUAUUUACAUUAACGAGCAGGUGUAUCUAAUAAAGUGGCCUCUGAGGGUAUAAACUGUAGGAGGAGAAAGAAGGCUUCUCAUGCUUCAGGAACAAGUGUCUAAAUGUAGUUGAGGAGCACUUAAGGCAAUGUAUACAGCUAACUAAAAUGUAAAUAAAUUGUGGGCCAAAAGGCCUGUACUAUUCUAUGUUCUCUGUUAAAUCUCAGCUAUCCUGUUCUGGAGGAAUAAGAUUAAAAUGUGUGCUUUGUUUUUAAAUCUGUUCCCUCUACGCUGCAUGGGCACACUGCCUGAAAUGUAACUGAAAUGCUCCCGCACACAUAGACUUUGUUGCUGCACAGCAGGAAUUUUCUUUUAUGUCAUGUUAAUAUAAUUUUGAAAUUCUGUUCAUACAGUAUAAUUUUGAAAUCUAUGUUAAUAUAAUUGUUGAAUAACCUGUAAUUAUGUGUUGAUGAAUACAAUCUGUACAUUUUCUAAUAAAUGUACUACAGACUUCACUUUGAAAAUUUUAGAGCUUCAAUAUAUUUACAUUGUCCAUGUUUCAAGUUGCAACACUGUUACAAUUUGUAACAAUAAACACAGAAUGGAAGUUGGUAGCUCAUAAUUAAUAAAC